AUGGUGCAAGUAACUCUGUGUUGUGCAUUCGUUGGUAGAACCAGAAGCGUUUCCGUCGUAGAUAUCUACACAGGUAGAUCGGUGGCUCACUUGAAGGAGGCGAUUAAGGAAGAAAACCAAGUGAAGGUCAAGUGCGAUGCGAGUGACCUGCAGCUCUUUCUGGCAAAAAGGGACGGGGCGUGGCUGGUAUACGACGAUAGUUUCAAACACUUGAUGCAGACCAAAAGAUUCCUAGGUGAGAUGAAGAAGAUGCGCGCAUUGUGGCAAUUGAUGGAUCCCAGUCUGUUUGGUUCUGGUGCUUCACCAGGAGAGAAUGUAAUUCACGUGCUGGUGGUGGUUCCGCCGACAGCGCCCAGUCAACUUGAUGUGAGUGGUGUCACUAUUUUGGUCACGAAAAGCAUGGAGUUGAAUAAUUCACCAUUGGUUGCAUUCUGGAACGCUUGUCGAAAGAUAUCUACCGAUCGUGGCUGA